ACGACGAACUCACACCGUGCGGCGCACGUCCGCGCGCACCGCUCGCUGGCCGUGAACAUCAUUGUUGGCGUCGUAUCGCGAGAUGCAAUGACGUCCCACCGUCGUCGUUUUUCUGUUCCAAGUAUUUCAAUUUGAAAAUACACCUUUUAAAACUAUCACGUCUCGCUGUCCGUUUCGACGCGGGCGCGUAUUUUUCGAUCCCAGCCGUGCUCGGCCGAGUUGAGCCUGCCGCGGAUCACCUGUGUACCCGCGUUCCUGCGGUACAAAAUUAACGUCUAGACUUUUUUUUUCCUAGGAAACAUGGCUAACGACAAUUCAGAUUUGAAAAACGGCAAUGGCAAACGACCUGCUCCAUCUGAUAUAGCUGCAGACAUUGAUGAUCUAAUACAGGAAAAUGCUGAAAAAAUCAGAGUAGGACGUGAUUACCAAGCUGUUAUUCCAAAAUUACUGGUUCUCCCAACACAUAGGCGUGAACGACUUAACAAAAAAGCAUUAUUAGUCUGGGCUCCUACUGAAAAUAUUUCAGAAGUUAAAUUAAAUGAAUAUAUAUUACUUUCUAAAGAAAAAUAUGGCUACAAUAGUGAACAGGCAUUAGGAAUGUUGUACUGGCACCAUCAUGAUAUGGAUAAGGCCCUAAGUGAUCUAGCAAAUUUUGCACCUUUACCUGAUGAUUGGACAACUGAAGACAAACUAACAUUUGAAUCAGCUUUUAAUAGUAUUGGGAAAAAUUUCUUGCGCAUUAAACAAAUGAUGCCUGACAAGCCAAUAGCAUCAUUGGUAAAGUAUUAUUAUUUAUGGAAAAAUAAAAGAAAGAAGAGCAGUGUGAUUGAUCGACAAGCCAAGAAAUUAGCUAAUGUCCGUGCAAAUGAGAAUCAAAAUGGCAGUAGAGAAGGAUCUAGUUCAGCAGAAUCCGAUCCUGAUGACAAGAAGGAUCUUGGAGAAGGAAGUUCAAAACAGUCAUGUUCUGUUUGUGGAGUUUUUGUUACUAUGCUUCAACAGACACCUAAAGGAUCAAUGUGUGGAACAUGUUAUACACAUUUUAGGAGAACUAAUGGAGGUAUUAGACCAACAUUAGGUCCUCCACGUCCAAAUAAUCGUCACUUAAAUGUUGCUCGUAAUAAACGUUUGCCACCUCGUGGUAUGUAUGUUAAUCAUGAUGAUCUUCAAGCCAUUGCAUCUAGUCCAGAUGCCAAAGGAGAUAAUAUUUUAUCAGCAGUGGAUGAUGAGGUUGUAUCAUUAAAAUGUAAAAUUCAGUCAAACAAACAAGACAUUGGACAGUUGCAAAAGAAGAUUAAACUAAAUAUCAAUGAGUACAGAAACAGUGAACCAAUAUCGCCUCGUAUUGUUCCACGAUGGUCCAAUGAUGAAAUAAUGCUAGCUAUUGAAGGAAUCCGUAGGUAUGGAAAAGAUUUCAAAGCUAUUGCUGAAACAAUGGGAACCAAGAGUCAAACUCACUUGAAAACAUUUUAUGCUCAAUAUCGUAAACGUUAUAAAUUAGAUGAUUUAAUUAAACAAUAUAGAGCUGAUCAAUGCAAUACAAUUAUUGAACUAAGUGAUGAUGAUGACGAACAGGUCUCUAUCAAAGAAGAAGCGCCACCUUCCGUAUCUAGACCCACUACACUAUCAUCCAUGGCUUCAGGAACUCGACUUAUUAAUCUUUCAUUGUCUACUCCUAAAGCACAUCAAACGGCUGCUGCUGCAAAGUGAUACUCAAAUUAUGGUCAUAACAUAUUGGGCUUUUAUUAUUUCUCACUGCCUUUAUUUACCUUAUUAUUGCCCUACUUAUCUAAUUAAUAAUAUCAAUUGCAUCAUAGAAUGCUAUGUAUAAAACAUAAUAUUAUUUUUAUU